AAAACCCGGGUGUUUUUCACCGCCCGGGCAGUGCUUGUCUGUGCAGGGCUACCCGGUCAGCUGUAGCGGUCGGCGUGGCGAAACAUUAUCGGCGUUAUUAUUGCCCGUCGCUCCUCUUCUGGCUAACCCGAGCAACCGCCUCUCUGCGAGAUCAACAUGGAGAAUCGAAAACGACCGUUGGAGGCAGUAUCGAGCGUGAACAACAGCUUUAAAACGCCGGAGAAGAGAAUGUCAGCGGUCCGGCAGCAGGAUUCGGACUACGCGCGAUGGGGUGUGGAAGAAACGUGUCAGUACCUGCGUAGAGAAGGUCUUGAAAAAUGGGAAAAUAAAUUCAGAGCACAAAAAAUAACGGGUGUCGGGCUGAGAUAUCUCAAGGAUUCUGAUCUGGAGAAGAUUGGCAUAGAGUACCUCGGUGACCGUUUGCAGAUCCUACACAGCCUCAGUAAGCUUUGGCAGAUAGAAGCUGAUCCAAGCAAGGUGUUUAAUGAUCCCAUCCACGGACAUAUGGAGUUACACCCACUUCUCGUCAAAAUCAUAGACACACCUCAGUUCCAGCGACUACGAAACAUCAAGCAGCUUGGGGGGACCUACUUUGUUUUUCCUGGAGCAUCCCACAACCGCUUUGAACACUGCAUUGGGGUGGGUUAUUUGGCAGGACAACUUGUAAAAGCUCUGAAUGAGAGGCAGCCAGAACUCUUCAUCUCUCGCCGAGACAUCCUUUGUGUGCAGAUCGCUGGGCUCUGCCAUGACUUGGGACAUGGGCCAUUUUCCCAUAUGUUUGAUGGGUUGUUCAUCCCCCAAGCACGUCCAGGAAUUACCUGGAAGCAUGAGCAUGCUUCUUUAGCCAUGUUUGACUACCUGGUUAAUGACAAUGGCUUGAAGCCAGUGAUGGAGCAGCAUGGCCUGGUGCUGCCUGAGGACCUGGAAUUUAUUAAGGAGCAGAUUGCCGGACCACUGGACACUAAAGCAACCCAAGCCAAGAAGUCAUCUCCACAGUGGCCAUAUAAAGGCCGUCCAGAAGACAAGUCCUUCCUCUAUGAAAUCGUGGCCAACAAAAGAAAUGGCAUUGAUGUGGAUAAGUGGGACUACUUUGCCAGGGACUGCUACCACUUGGGAGUCCAGAACAACUUUGACCAUCACCGCUUCCUUAAGUUUGCCAGGGUGUGUGAGGUGGACGGGCAGAAGCACAUUUGUACCAGAGACAAGGAGGUGGCCAAUCUGUAUGACAUGUUCCACACAAGGAACUGUCUCCACAGAAGAGCCUACCAGCACAAAGUGGGCAACAUCAUAGCGACCAUGAUCACAGAGGCCUUUUUAAAAGCAGAUCCAUACAUCCAGAUUCAAGGCUCAGAAGGGAAGAUCUUCACUCUCUCCACAGCCAUAGAUGACAUGGAGGCCUACACCAAGUUGACAGAUCAUGUGUUUGAAGAAAUACUCCACUCGUCCUCCGCAGAGCUGGCUGAAGCAAGGCAGAUUCUACGCAACGUCGUCUGUCGACGCCUCUACAAGUGUCUAGGCCAAACUCAGGCAGCCAAACCUUUGAGUGUCACCCAGGACAUGAUUAACUGCUGGGAAGCAGAUUUGGCUCAGUCCACACCUCAGAUUGGCGCCCAGGACGUCAGUCUGCAGCCAGAGGACUUUGUAGUUAGUGUCAUUUUUAUGGACUAUGGAAUGCAGGAAAAGAACCCCAUCAACAAUGUGCGUUUCUAUUGCAAGGAUGACCUAACUACAGCCGUCCAGAUACGCAAAGACCAGGUGUCAAAACUUCUUCCAGAGCAAUUUGCAGAGCAGGUGAUCAGGGUCUACUGCAAGAAGACAGAUUUUAAGAGUCUGGAGGCUGCCAAGAAGCACUUUGUCCAGUGGUGCAUGGACAAGAACUUCUCAAAGCCUCAGGAUGGAGACAUAAUAGCACCUGAGCUGACCCCUCUGAAAGCCAGCUGGUCGAACCACAAUGAAGGCGAGGAUUGUGAAGCUGGCGGCUCCAGAGAAGUAAAUGGUGUUAGAGCUAAUGGGAAGAAAAAAGCUAAAACUCAGCUUUUUAAGCAAGAGGAAGACCGCUAAUACCCCUAUGUUACACAUUUGGUCGAUGACACAGUGUUGAGUGAAAAUUAUAUAUAUUUUUUUUUUCUACGAGGUAAGUGUGUUGAUGAACAUAGCUAAUUAAGCAGUUUUUUAACUAGAAAAAUGAUUUCAAGGUUUCAAAAGAGGAAGCACUGCAUAUUCAGGAUCUAUACUUUUUAAAACAUUACCUUCAAUAUUUUACACACAUCUUUGAUUUUGUUUGUUGAUUGCAAUCAGGUUAUUAUUUUUAAGUCAUUUACAGCUACAAGUGUCACAUUUUUAAGUUGAUUUGUUUUAUAACUUGUUCAAAGCAAUAGCCUAUCAUGUCUUUGAAUUAUGAACAAUAAAUCAGAGUCAGUUAAAAUGAUGUACUCUUAAACAGAAUACGCACAGAGUAUAAUACAAGGCAUUGUGUUUUUACAGCAAAUACAGCUGAUGUGUUUCAGGGUGUUGUUUUAUUCAACUUUCAGAUACGCUUAGGCUUUUGUUUUUAAACUGUCAAACCUUCAAAAUCUCAAAUCUGCAGUCAUUUGAAGUGAGCAUUUGUUUUUACUUGAAUUAUUUGGAAAUUUUGAUUUGAUUGUACUUUGAGAGUAUUUAUUUUUGGGAGGUUUUGUUUUUUGGUUGAGUGUGUUAUGUAAUCCUUUAUUUAUUGUUCUUACAGUAAGUGGCACAGUGUGCGCAUUGCUGCGUUCACUUUAUAGAUAUUAGCAACAUUUUAAAUGGUAUUUUGGAUACCUUUUAAGUUUUCCUCUUCCAUCACCAAAAUGUGAUUCAGCCUCAUCAGACUUACCUCAACGCUGGUUUUCUUGUGCUUGACUGCGUUUAAAAAAUAUAUUUUUGAAAGAAUGUAAAGGGAAACCUACCAAAGGGUUUUAGGAGAUCCUGUAAAGGUUAAGGGGCUGAAAAAAGUUUCAAAAUAAAGCUCUUUCUCUCA